CUUUCAACGACCCACUUGCAAAAGUGGGAAAAAGGGAUGCGUCUCUGAUUUCGUUAACUAAUCACCUGAGAUCUAAGGCUUUGUUUGAAAGUCCGGUGGGAUCGGGGAUAUUAGUAUCUCUUUCCAUCGGAGUCCGGUACGCGUUCCGGAAGAGCGGCCAGUGUUGGCCGCCACCAUUCAACGCCAUAUUGGUCACGAUUUAUCAUCAAAUUGAGAUUCCCGGAGUCCCAACCCUAACCCUAUCUUCAUUUUUCCUAUUUCCCUCCCAAAUUCCAGCUCGAAGCCCGACUCGCAUUGACGAAAUUCUUUGCCGGGUCAACAAUUCGCCGAUCCAAAAAUCAACCCUUUGAAUUUUUCCUUCGUAUUGUUCAUCCUGGUCAUUGGUUCGAUCACAUUGCUUAGAAAAGUUGACAGCUUUUGAUUCUUUUGAUGUGCAAAUGCCAGGAGUUUGAUGAGGGAUCGGUGGGAUUUGGGUAGUAGAGAGUUAUAAUCAGGAAGGUUUGGUUUUUGGAUGAUUCGUUCUUUCUAAUCAGCAAAAAUGCAAUCCAUAAGCCAAAGCAGCCUCCCACCGGGUUUUAGCCUCUGCCCGUCUCUCAAACCUCCUCACAAAACCCUGACUUUCCAUCAAAUUGCAGUGUUGAUCAUCACUUUCCUUGCUUAUGCUUCCUUCCACGCAUCACGAAAGCCCCCCAGCAUUGUUAAAAGCGUCCUGGGACCAACCACAUCGAAUUCAUCAUUGGCAGAGUCGAAUUCGAGCUCUCUCGAUGCAGGCUGGGCUCCAUUCAAUGGAACUGAGGGCACACAGCGGCUUGGAGAGCUAGAUCUUGCUUUCUUGUCAGCAUAUGCAUUUGGAAUGUACUUCGCAGGACACGCUGGAGACCGGAUCAAUUUGAGGUUGUUCCUCGUCUUUGGGAUGGUGGGCAGUGGAGUUUUGACAGUUGUGUUUGGAUUAGGGUACUGGUUGGACAUACAUUGGUUAGCAUUCUUUGUAGGCGUGCAGAUUUUGUGUGGCUUGUUUCAAUCUAUAGGAUGGCCCUGUGUGGUGGCAGUAGUGGGGAAUUGGUCUGGGAAAUCAAAGAGAGGGUUGAUAAUGGGAGUCUGGACUUCGCACACAUCAGUAGGAAACAUCGUCGGCUCGGUAUUGGCUUCAGCAGUUUUGGAGUUUGGUUGGGGAUGGUCAUUCGUCCUGCCCGGGUUUCUGAUCAUAUUAGUUGCAGUUUUGGUGUUCUUGUUUUUAGUUGUUAGUCCUGAGGAGAUGGGAUAUGAGCUACCAGGGAAGGAGAUCGAGAUGAAUGAGAAUACAAAUGGUGUUGAGACAGCUGAAAAGGGCGAAUCAGAGGAAACUGUGCUUCUGGGGACGGAAGAUUCAGUUUCUUCAACUGCUAUUGGAUUCUUGGAAGCUUGGAGAUUGCCAGGGGUUGCACCAUUUGCUUUCUGCCUCUUCUUCUCCAAGCUAGUUGCUUACACAUUCUUAUAUUGGCUGCCAUUUUACAUUAGGCACACAGCUGUUGCUGGGGUCCAUUUGUCACAUAAAACUGCCGGAAUUCUUUCGACGGUAUUUGAUAUAGGAGGAGUCCUUGGUGGAAUUGUAGCAGGGUUUGUAUCCGAUCAGAUCGAAGCUCGUGCAGUAACCUCUGUGAUGUUCUUGUUGCUAUCAAUCCCAGCCUUAAUCUUGUACAGGGUCUAUGGAAGCAUAUCCAUGGCCACCAACAUUGCACUGAUGUUCAUUUCUGGUUCACUUGUGAAUGGUCCGUAUGCUUUAAUCACCACAGCGGUCGCGGCUGACCUUGGCACACAGGACACAAUCAAAGGCAACUCCCGUGCUUUAGCAACCGUGACUGCAAUAAUCGAUGGUACUGGGUCGGUUGGUGCAGCUCUUGGUCCCCUUCUGGCGGGUUACAUAUCGACACGAGGGUGGAACAGCGUGUUCUUCAUGCUUAUUGUUUCCAUUUCGUUUGCGGCUCUCUUCUUGAUUCGGCUGGCAAAAAUUGAGAUUGAAGAGAAGCUUUAUGGGAGAACUCUUGUACCUCAGCAGAGCACAGCUUCAAACUGACAAGUCUCUUUGUUGAUAUGUUGUCUUGUUUUGUUGUUGUACUCUCUCUGUACAUUUGAUACUUGAUAUUAGAGAUUUUGAUUUACGGGAAUAGAACGAAGGCUGAGAAUUUCUUGCUUACACUGUUACACAGCAUUAAGAUCUCAUUCUUUAGGCACAAGUUGCCUUUGUCUUCUUGUACACUUUGAACAGAAGCUCAUAAUAUGAUCAUAUAUAUAGGUAUGCUGCUGAAUACUUUGACAUGU